CAGAGCAACGAUGUCCACCACCAUAUUCUACCACUGCGCGACCAGCAAGGCUUUGCAAUGCAAUGUGGUCAUCGCGUUCACGUCGAACGGCGUGUGUGCCAUCGAGCUCGCUGACGAACCUCACGUCACCCUGAAGAGACGGUUCCCCUCGGCAAGCUUCAGCACCGAGCUCCAUGCUGCGCAGCUCCUGUCUGUCCAGGACGUUUUGGAUUGUCUUGAAGAUCCCGCGACGGCGUAUCCGUCCCACGUGGCCUUCGACCUCUCGUUGACGAGCUCACCCUUCCGUGCUCAAGUAUGGAAUGCGCUCAAGGGCGUACCGGCGGGAACCACCGUGACCUACGCCGAACUUGCGCAGAAGAUUGGGAGGCCAGGCGCGGCGCGUGCGGUCGGCGCUGCUGUCGGUGCGAACCCGCUCGCGGUCCUCAUUCCGUGCCACCGCGUUGUGGGCUCGAACGGGCAGAUGACCGGCUAUCGCUGGGGCGUCGAGCUGAAGAAGUUGCUGCUCGAGCGCGAAGGCCUCUCUCUGCCCUCCUCCCGUACAGCCCGCGCACACACUCGCGCAAAGGAGACGGAACAGGCGGAUACUGUAGUUGUUGGGCGCGAUAACUCGGCGACAGAUGCUGAGCCUAGGCCUCAUUAUGAACUCAAGGCCGUGUAUGAGAACCUCGAUCAACUUACGAGGGCGGUCCCGGUAACGGCAUGAGUUUUAUAUUUUUUGGCGCGUGUAGGUGCACCCAUGAGGCUAUGUCUCAUCGAAUUGCGAGCACGCACGCAUACGUUCGAUGCAAACCGACUCGCCAUGAGUGACCGGAUGAUCCGCGAGGUUCCUUUUGGACGUCCUACCCAGUUGUGUGGAGGUAAAAAGAUGUACCUCCUAUGCCCCCUUGAUGCAGCGAUACAGUGACAAGGAGAUAUUGUAACGCAUGAUUCAUAUGGCAUACCUGUGAUAUCUAUACUUACAUGUUGUAGGUAUCAUGGAUCG